AGUGACGCCGGCCAAAAUGGCGGCGCCGUGAGUUUUGGGCGCGCUUCGCGGGAGGAAGCGCCGCCGCGGGGAUCUUAUAUGGCGGCUAAGCGGCGGAAGGCGGCGGCCAGAGCGGAAGGGGAGGAUUUUCGCCUCCGGAGCCCCGUGAAGCGGAGCAGCAGCAGGCGGCGGAGACCCGCCGAGGGCGCCCAGGAUGGAGAGAGUCCCCGCGGGCAGCGCGGCUCCGAGGGUGAGGCUCUGAGGGGAUGAGCGCCCCUUGUCCCCGCGGGUCCCCCGAGGCACCGACCUCCUCGGCGGGUCCCGCCUGCCUCGGCGUCACCUCCGCGCCCUCGCAGAACGGCAGCCGCCUCCGGUGGGCGCGCGAGCCGCCCUUGGCUGAGCGGGAGUUUACUCCCGAGUAAGCAGCACGUAGGCAGAGCAUCCCCCGGAAGGGUCUCUUACUCUUCCCCUGCCAAAGGUCCCGGUGCCAUCCUGGCACUUGCUUUCCUCACGGGCCGGGGGGGAAUAAUAUUAGCCUCCUUGUAUAACUCGGGGAGGGAUAGCCGUGUGUGUUGUUUAAGGCGAAAGCCAGCAAGGGGCUUGUGCCUUAAGACUUCCCUACACAUACACAUAUAUAUAUAUGUGUGUGCGGGUAUGUAAGUAUACACACACACACAUAUACAUACAUAUAUAUGUAUAUAUACAGUAUAUACAGUCGUACCUCGAGUUGAAUGUACUGUACUUCGGGUUGAGCGCGUUCGAGUUGCGCUCCGUGGCAACCUGGAAGUAACGGAGCGCGUUACUUCCAGGUUUCACUGCAUGCGCAGCCCUCAAAAUGAUGUCACGCGCAUGCAUGGAAGUGGUGAAACGCGGCACGCGCAGAUGCGCCGUUGCAUCUUGCGUUCCGUUUGGGAUGUGAAUGGGGCUCCGGAACGGAUCCCAUUUGCAUCCCGAGGUACCUGUGUGUGUGUGUGUGUAUAUAUAUAUAUAUAUAUACACACACACACACACACACACAUACAUAUAUGUGUAUAUAUAUAUAUGUGUGUGUGUGUGUGUAUAUAUACACAUACACACACACACACAUACACACACAUAUCCAUAGCCAUACCCACCCACAUAUGUGCACCCACCCACACAUAUGUACACACACACACACUCAGGGUGGUUCGCAGAACAAAUUCACUACGACACCUGCUAGCCUUCACCAGCCAGGUGCCCUCCAGAUGUUUUGGAUUAUACAAGGCCCCGGUUCGCUUGCUGGUUGUAACGGAAGCAGGAGUCCAAAGCCAAUGGAGAUCACCUGGUUGGAAAAGGCGGGUCUGUGCUGCAGUGGUUUUGUAAGUCUUUUAAGAGGCCCCAACACUCUUUGCCUGUUAAUACGUAGGACCCAUGCAGAAGAGCCUAUGUGCCCGACGGAAAGAGUACUUCCUGGCACCUAGAAUAAUAAUAACAAAAAAAAAACCUCGUGCAAAUGCUAAGGGACACUUGCAGAUCAGUUUUAAUUCGAAAUUCAUAGUUGCCUGUUGCUGCCCUCGAUUGAAAGGUGCCCGCUGACCCACAAAUGCUUCUCUUGGGAAAACGGCAGACCCUCCCAAGCUACAGUUCAUAAACAUCUUGGUUAUUAAAAACUGAAGCCAGCACUGAAGAACAAAAGGUUAUAAAAAUAGGAGUUGCAUAUGUCCUUUGAUAUGCAGAACAACAACAACAAAAAGUUUUCCAAGCCCCCCAGCAAUUUUCAAGUGGUUCAUGAAAAGCUUGAGAACCAUUGUUUUAAAAAGCCAGCAUUGCGAUAUGCUACAGUAAGAGAGGAGAGAAAAGAGAAGAAUAGCUGGUGUCAUAUUGAUUGAUUGUGGCAGCUGUGUUGGUAUAUUGCCCCCUCAGGUGCAAUAUUUGUCCAUAGUGCCAUGGAGGUAGACACCAGCGUAUUUGUCAAGAGACUACCCCUCUCAUCACAUCCUUGUGCAAAGGUUGAGCCUUACUCUGUGAAUUAUCUUCCAAUAAUGUUACUAGACCUGCAGGAUAAUUCACUGGUUUUAUGUGAAUAGAUUGCAGCCCGCUGUACAAACUUGCAUAUAUUUUUGCCUCUGACCCAGCUUUCCACUGCCAUGUAGUCCUUGGAAGGCAGCCCUUCCACGAGCUGAAAAAAGUCCAUCCAGUCCCCACUGCCUGGUCUGCAUUUUAGAAUCAUAGAAUUGUAGAGCUGGAAGUGUAGUAUUCCUGGACUUGGGCCUAGAAAGUUAAUAUCUUUUUAGAAUCUGGGCUGCACUUUUGUUCUUUAAAAAUGGCAAAUAGCUUCUGCAAUUAUGUAGAGCUCCAGGGAAGCCAAUGUGAUUGGUCCUCAAUCAAACAUUUAGGAUGGGGCAGAAGAAAACUGAUUGAACUCUGCUGUAGCUCAGUGGUAGAACACCUGUGUUGCUGAGCAAGAGAUCCCGGGUUCAGUCCCAGUAUCUUCAGGCAGAGGUGGGAAAGACUUGUGUCUGAAACCCUGGAGAGCUGGUGCUAGUCAGUGUAGUCAGUGGUCUGACUUUAUCUAAGACAAUUUCCUGUGUUGAUAAAUAUUGCCUGUAUUGGUAAAUCUGCUCCAAUCAGUUUCACAUCUUGAACUGCUUCAUUAGGGUACAGAAAUUGCAUGUAACAGUUUUGCUUAUUUCUACAGAAGUGUUUUUGUUUGUGCAUGUAUUCACACAGAAACAAGUUCAUAUAAGACUCCGAAACGAAAGCUGCCUGCCAGUUCACGUUUCCCUAUAUUUAGUUCUCCUUCAAAUGAAACUGAUGUACAGCAAGAAAUCUUCUGGGAUCCUCAGUCACCAAGUGCAUAUAAGCUAGGUAUCUACUUAUUAUCAUUCUUAUUUCACGUCUGCCUUAUUUAUAUCAGUAUUUAAUCCCUUGGGAAUAUAUGGUGAGAGACCUAAAUGGUCUAGUGCCAGUUUGUCUGAAGGGUCACCUGUUUCUGUAUGCACUUGUCUAAUCAUUAAAAACUUCAGCCGAGGGCCUGCUGUUGUCACCCCUAACUUCAGAGGGGAAGUGAGUAGCAUCAAGGAGUUGGGCUAUCUUUGUGCUGGUUCCCUGGUUGUAGAACUCACUCUGUAGGUUCUUUCACUAGGGUGCUAUAGAGCUGGUAAGGUAAAGGUAAAGGGACCCCUGACCAUUAGGCCCAGUCGUGAUCGACUCUGGGGUUGUGGUGCUCAUCUCGCUUUAUUGGCCAAGGGAGCCGGCGUACAGCUUCCGGGUCAUGUGGCCAGCAUGACUAAGCUGCUUCUGGCAAACCAGAGCAGCGCACGGAAACGCUGUUUACCUUCCCACCGGAGCGGUACCUAUUUAUCUACUUGCACUUUGACGUGCUUUUGAACUGCUAGGUUGGCAGGAGCAGGGACCAAGGAACGGGAGCUCACCCCAUCGCGGGGAUUCGAACCGCCGACCUUCUGAUCGGCAAGUCCUAGGCUCUGUGGUUUCUGGGUGCUAAUUAAAAAUAAAGAAAACAUGUCUCUUUCCCUCUUCAAGUAUCUAGAUACUUAAGUAUACUUAAGUAUCUAGGUACAGUCAUACUUCGGGAUAAAUACGUUUCAGGUUGAAAACUUUCGGGUUGCGCUCCGCAGUGACCCAGAAGUAACGGAGUGCGUUACUUCUGGGUUGUGCUGCUCACACAUGCGCAGAUGGUCAAAAUGACAUCACACGCAUACGCGGAAGCGACGUCGUGUCUUGCGUUCCGUUCGGGAUGUCAACGGGGCUCCGGAAUGGAUCCCGUUCGCAUCCCGAGGUAUCACUGUACUUGAUUUUUAGGAGGUGCAAGUGGGACUGCAACAAAAUGUUGCAGUGUAUCUGCCAUCAAAGUGUCUGCUGGUCUCCAGUGUACUUUCCAAACAGGGCAUUCCACUCUCUCAGUGCUGAUUCUUGUCAAAUGGGAUUUUAAUUAUGGAUUGGAUUGAUAUUUUGUAUAGUAUUUGUAAACUGCCUUAGAUAUCUUGUGACUGAAAAAUGGGAGAGAAAAUUUACCAACUUUGAUUUCCUAUUCCAACUCUGGAGCACAUUGUUUUAAUUUUUUUUUCUGCCAUCACGCUAUAAAUUCUGUCAUGCAGGAAGUCAUACGCUUUAAUAUUUGCAGGGGCUAGUCUGCUUCUAAGUUAUGGAAUCUCCAUCGUCUAGUGAUUAGCAGUUGCUAGAAAGGUUUUUGUUUUGUUUUUCAGGCAAUGGGCAAAAGAAGCAGUUGGUUAGUGGGCAUACGGUUGAGAUUUCAGAAAUUGUUAAUCGGAUUGCUCCCCAUGUAAGUAUUACUUCCUAAGGUAAAGCUGCAUAAUCCCAACCCAUUUUCUUUCUUUUGCAGAAACAGCCUUCAUUGUGAAAGGUGUUUCUUCUUGAGAAAUUCUAAUGUCUGUAUAGUUAGAAAGGAAACUUGGAUAAAAGUAAACCAUAUCUACAAAUUCAAGUAGUGUAGAGUUAACUGAUGUUAUCAUUAAUAUUAGCAUGUAGCUUUUCGCUUUAGGAGAUAUAAGUGAGACCUGCAACCAACCAUUGCAGUGCUUUCUCUUUCUUAACAAGGAGGACACUUGUUCGGAGUUCUAGCCAGCUAUUCCCUCAUUAACAAUCAGCAUUCUGUGGUUACUGCUCAUGCUUGGUUCUCAAUUGGGCUUGUGAUGUGGGGUGCCCUCUUUGGUUUGCUUUUUCACCUUUGUUUUCCCCCCUAAGCAUAGUGUUUCUUUAACCCUGUCAUCAGCCACAACCUGACUAAAGUAUUAAAGGGAGUGGGUUGUAUGCAGCAUUGGUCAUAGUCAGAGUAAAGCCAUUGGAAUUAAUGGAAAUCGCUAAUUUGGAUCCAUUAAUUUCACUGGGUUUACUCUGAGUAGAACUUAGUGGGAUACAACCCAAUGGUGCCAGCAGACUACAGGGAAAGAGUUCCAGGGGCCAUGAAACAUGACUGCCCUCUCUUCAAACUCAAAUCUGCCUAAUUACCCAGAGCAAGAGUACAAGGCAAGCAGAGGAUGCUGUUCCAUUUCCUCACUCUUGUCAUUCCUUGCAUGCUUAUAGAAACGGGACAUGAACAGGCAGUAACAGCAAGGAGGAGAAGGACCAGAAGGCUCCAUAAAGUGGCACCAAGCCCUCUGCAGCUUUGUAGACCUUGGCAUCAAUGCCUGCUCACUACACUUUGUGUUCAAGAACUGAUGGCAUUCUCUUCCUUCUCUUCUACCUCAGUUUCAACUUGAAGUAUAACAGUGGUUUUUUUCCCAACUAUGGCUCCUAAGCUGUGCAGCAUCCUCCAUAGAGAGACCCACCUGUCCAUGUCAUUGCUUGGUUUUCAGCUGGCAGCGGGGAUGUGGCUUUUUAAGGAGGAUUUUGGAGUGGGGUAGUUAAAUCUCUGUUCUAUGGACGUACUCUGCAGUCAUCUUGAAAUUUUGCCCUUGGUAUUUUUCUGUUGUUGGCUGUGUCUCUUGGACUAGGAUAUUAUUUAGAGGGUUUUGUUGGGGUGGUUGUUGCUGUUGUCAAUAUUAAGUUUUGUAUCUUUAUUUUAGAUCUUAUUAUGAUUUAAGUGGAAAUUGUUUAAUUUAGUUGUGUACAGUGGUACCUCAGGUUACAUAUGCUUCAGGUUACAGACUCAGCUAACCCAGAAAUAGGUUAAGAACUUUGUUUCAGGAUGAGAACAGAAAUUGUGCUCUGGCGGCACAGUGUCAGCAGGAGGCCCCAUUAGCUAAAGUGGUGCUUCAGGUUAAGAACAGUUUCAGGUUAAGAACAUACCUCCGGAACGAAUUAAGUACUUAACCCGAGGUACCACUGUACUUUUGAUAUUUUGAUUAUUUGUGACUACUUUUGUUAUGUUUAUAACUAUGUAAUUUUUUUCCAUGUAAGCCACCUUGAGUGGGGUUUGAAGUAUGAAAAGAAGGCAUACAAAUAAAAUUAAGUUUGUAUUAACGGUAUUGGUGGUAAUGCCUGGAUUAUGUUAGUAGUAUUGUUAUUAUUAUUACUACUGUUACUAUUGCUACUUUUUGAUGAGAAAAGCAGAAUAUGAAUGUUGUAAUAAAUAAAUGCUUUUAAAAAUAGUUUUGAAAGCUGGUACAAUUGAUUGAUACUCAUGUUUAAUAAGGCUGUUCACAUAUUUGAUUCUUACUGUUCAGGAUGAAAAACCUGCCUGCUCUGAAGGAUCUCUUCUUGAGUUUUGGAUUGGGGAUGAUGCAAUUCCCUGUACUCCUGGAAUGCCAAAAGUACGAUGUAGAACAAAAGUAAAUGGCGCAAGGUGUGUUUUAUUCCAAAAUGAAUUCUUUCAGAAUGGUAAUUAAAUCCACGAAACUUGUAGAUAUUGUAAGCUAAAAGAGAUUGAUUUCCCUCUUCACAAUGGUAGCUCCCUGAUUAUGAAACACUCCGCUGGUGAAGAUCUACUGUCCUUCCUCUGUAUCUGCUAUUAGACUGCAAUACAGUACAUGCUUAGUUAGGAGUAAGUCACAUUGAACUUUGUAGAACUUCAAGCUGUUGGACAAUUAGUGAAAACCUUACAGUUUGAGGCCAUUUUUAAGAUAGAAUAUAGACUUGAAAUUAUCUUCUAUUGGCUUUUAAUUGCCGUUGCUGUCUUAUUUUAAUUACUUUCAUUUGCUUAUCUGAUACUGUGGUUUUGGGUUGUUUGAUGGUGAUUUGUUGAUUGAUUUCAUUUUGUAAUCCCGUGGUUUUAUUUGUAAGCUGCUUUGAAUACCCUUAGGAAAGUGGGGUAAAAUAAUGAACUGAAGAGUAAAAAAAUGUGCCUCAUUUGAGUUACACUGUAUGUUUUCUAAUAGCUAUAAAACAAGUAAGCCAUUUCAAAAUGCAUUGUGUUCCUAAUAUGUUGUAUUAUUUUAUUGUUGUUAGCUGCCCUGAGCCCAGCUUCGGCUGGGGAGGGCGGGAUAUAAAUAAAAUUUAUUAUUAUUAUUAUUAUUAUUAUUAUUAUUAUUAUUAUUAAUGCAUUUUCACCUUCUGCUCAUUCUCCUAGAGGACUUCAGUUGAGAAACAGAGAAGAGGAGCUUAUGAAGUUGGCAAAGCAAUUUGAUAAAAGCAUGACUGAUGCAAUCCAGGAUCAAAGUGCUCCAUCCCAUAAUAGCCACAUUUUAUCAGAGGCAAUGAUAUCAGUUGAACAUCAAGAUGAAGCACAGAUGGAAAAUCAGCAGCACUUCCUUGGAGAGCACCCCCAAACUGAUGAUGUCUUGCCCUUUGGAGAAGUUAAGAAGAGUGCUGGGACAGUUGAGCACUGUGAAAACAGUAGCCGGAAGUCCAUAGAUCUUGAUGUUGAAGGAGCACUCAAUGCUCUCUUUGAUGGCCCUACCCAGCAAUGUAGUGGUCAGCUGAGCGAAGGCCUGUCCGAUUGCUCAUUGAACGAUAGUUUGCUGGAGGAAGGGUGCCCUCCAGAUGAAUUCACAGCUGCUACUGAAUCUGUGAUUGAAGAUGCACAUCAGAGACAAGAUUCAUCACCUGCUACGAGAUCUAUGGAACACUUGCCUGCUGAAAAAGCUAAAAUGGCUUCUGAACAAACGGUUCCAAGUGCAGUCUCUUCUGAGAUAGAAUCUGUUGUCUCAAAUAAGCUUGAUGGGAUUGUGGGUGAUGAUUUUGAUGACUGGGGUGCUGAUUUGCUGCCAGACGAUUCAUUUCUAAUGCAAAUUACUCAGAACCCUGAAGUGAUCAAUGUUCCACAAAAUACUUUAGCUCAUACUUCUAACAAAACCAGUGAAACAAAGGAAGGAACUAUAGAUUCUGAGAAACCUUACGGUGCCCAUUGUGCAGUUUUAAAUUCCUCUAACAGUGUUCCAGCAUCACAUGCUGUGGAAAAGCAAAGUGUUAAGAUAGGAAAGACAAAGGGUGUCCUAUAUGACGAAUGUAAUUUAAAACCCAAUAAACUAAACUCUGUUUCUAAAAGUCAAAACAAAAUUUCUGCUUCAGUGAAACCUGAAAAGGAGAGGAUAUGGGAAGGCUUUACUCAACUAAAACCUGCCACUGGCACCAGUUCUUCUGAAAAAAAAGCUGCUUUUUCAGUACAUUCUGAUGCCCCUGCAUUACGGACUGAAAAAUACAGAAGUGGUAUGCACAGUAUAUGCCAUCAGUCAUCUACGGUUUCUGCCAAUACAAGGCCUCACGACCUAAGGAAAGUGGCUAAGCAAGUCAGCACAGGUCAUCUAAAGCAGAUGGAAGUGACGAAGAGGAAUGUGUUUUCAUUUGAUGAUUGGAACGAGCCUAGGUUCUCGGAUCAAGUUUUAGAAUUGUUUUGUGAUUCCGAUAGUCUUUGGGGCACAAGCUGUGAUGAUGCUGAUGAUGACGACUUGCUUUAUCAAGUCUGUGGGGAUGUAGAAAAAACUAGUCUGAGCCAAGUUGCGGUGAAAGAGAACGAAAAAGCUAAAUUGGUGAUAGGAAAUGCUUCCAAGUUAGAGGUUGGUUCUUGCCUCUCAGGACCCACGCAAGAACUUUCUAACGUCCCACAGCCUCAAAAGAGCCGUAUGGGUAGGAAAACCUUCUCGUUCCAUGCUCCUGCUACAGCUACAACACUACGUAUGAACGAGAGCUGCUCGAAUACUUCUGACAAGCACAGAUGGGCACAGUGUAACACGGACAGCAUAAACAGUGUUCCAGGGAAACUCAAUAGGUCAAGUUCAGUGCCUGGAGACUGUUUCACUUCUGUAACUGACUCAACUACUCUCUCAAAUAUGUGUCUGAGUGUUAAUAAUAUACGGUGGCAGAAGGACCUGUGCCAUGUAAGCAAAGUACAAAAUAGUGGCAGUAUUAAUCAAGUGCCAGCUGAGAAAUCAAAGUGUGCGUUCAGGAAGAGCUAUAGUUCCCAAGACCUAGGAAUGGACCAUAAAAAUGUAAAUGCAGGCAACCUUUCAAGAACAAAUGUAGCAUUGGGGGAAAGCAAGAACCCACCAAACGUCGUGCUGCAGACAGUGAAGAACCUGAACACAAAGCCAGUCUUUAAGAGGCACCUCUCUGAGUGUUUCUCCCAGUCUGAAACAGGUAGGUUUUCAGAAUAGCAAGCUGACUGUUAAUUUAGACUUCAUUUUAAGCAUAAAUGACUGGAAAGGUUUUCAGGGUCAGCUGAUGUCUUUUUAGGCAGUCCUGAAAAACAAGAUCUCAAAAUUAUUUCCUUAUUCCCUUGCUCACAUGUCGACACGUGAUAUCCAUCAAAGGGACGUAAGAUUUCUGAAAUUCCUUGUUUUUUUGAAGCUCAGUGGCUUGGUUCACACGAAACAUUGAGCCAACUAUGGUUUGUUUGUAUAUUCAAACCUACCCCCGGCAACUUAACCAUGGUUUACAGUGGUGCCUCGCAAGACGAAAUUAAUCCGUUCCGCGAGUCUCUUCGUCUAGCGGUUUUUUCGUCUUGCGAAUCAACCCUAUUAGCGGCUUAGCGGAUUAGCGCUAUUAGCGGUUUAGCGGCUAUUAAAGGCUUAGCGGCUUAGCGGCUAAAAGGCUAUUAGCGACUUAGCGGCUUAGAAAAAGGGGGGGAAAGCGAAAAAAAUCUCAAGACUCGCAAGACAUUUUCGUCUUGCAAAACAAGCCCAUAGGGAAAUUCGUCCUGCGAAGCGCAUCGAAAAACGGAAAACCCUUUCGUCUAGCGGGUUUUUCGUCUUGCCAGGCAUUCGUCUUGCGGGGCACCACUGUAUUUCUAGAUGACAGAUCAGAAUAUGAAGCAGUAGAUUAAGUUGGCUUCUCAAUAGAUCCAGACCUGCUCUCCUGACUUAAUCCUGUGUUGUUUUAGAGCCAUACCGUAGAUAUUUCCCCAGCUAUAGAAAUGCAAGGCAAGAGCAGUUAAAUAAUCAAAUCAAUAUUUGGUGAAAUACGCCAUGGUUACGUUGCUGGACUUGCAACACCGAUCCUGGUUUGUUCAGUAAACCAUGGCUUAGUAUUUUGUGUGAAUGCAGUUUGUUAGAAUGGAGAGUUCUUAGAAAAUGGUAGGAUGGAAAGCAAUAAAAUAAGCAGGGAACUGUAUUAAGGGGAAGGUUGAGGACUAAAUUUUCUUUUAUUGAACACUGAGUCUGUGGAGAUUUUUCAUCUGCCCUUGGGAGUUUUUUGCAUUCUGCAGUACUUCAUGCUGUUUUAGGUAAUGUUGUAGCAUAACAGUAGUAUUGCCCAGCGGUGGAAUACUUAUGAGUAUAGUGCACUCUCUCUUUUUGUAGUAUUUGUUAAUCGCUAUCAAUUAAAAUAUUUAGAAGAAAUGUCACCAGAAAUGUUUUUGUAACAUGUAAAUGGUGGCUUUAAAAAUAAUAACAUUAUUUGACAAAUUCACAUUAUUUUAAUAACAAACAUUGUUCUAGAAGAGGAAGAUGCGAGCCAUCGAGAGAGAGGUAGACUAGCAGGGCUUUUGCCCUUGAGCUCCUGUUUAAGGCCCAUUUUAGUUCCUGAACCUGGAUUAGACACUCCUAGACAUAAGCACUUUGGAUUAGUUUUUGUGCAAUUGCAUAGAUGAGAAAUUGUGCAAAAACUGCUUGUUUGCAUAGAUCUUGAUCUGCAUGUUUGCUGAGGAAGCCACACUGUAGUAGCUUUUAGGCACAGAAGCCUCACCUUCUGGAAAUGGAGGCCUUUUUUCAGUCACUUCCUGUUUUGAAACACAUUUUAGUAACCACGUGGGUUAGAAACUUACCAUAGAAUUAUAGAGUUGGAAGGGACCACAAGGGUCAUCUAGUCCAACCCCCUGCAAUGCAGGAAUCUUUCACCCAACGUGUGACUCAAACCCAUGUCACUUAGCUCAAUCGGUGGAGCAUAAGAUUUUAAUCUAACUUUCUUUUCUUUGAAAAUGAAAGCUGAGAUUGUUAAGUCUCUCCCUCAUUGGUGUGUUACAAACUAGCAGACAGAUAAAACUACCUUGUCUGUUAGACAUUAAAGGCCUAGCAGCGCGCAGGGAACAAAAUUUAGAAUAAUGCAACAGGCUUAAUGUACUAUUGUGGUUACAGGUAGGUAGCCGUGUUGGUCUGCCAUAGUCGAAACAAAAUUAAAAAAAAAUCUUUCCAGUAGCACCUUAGAGACCAACUAAGUUUGUUAUUGGGAUGAGCUUUCGUGUGCAUGCACACUUCUUCAGAUACACUGAAACAGAAGUCACCAGACCCUUAUACAGUGGUACCUCGGGUUACAUACGCUUCAGGUUACACACUCCGCUAACCCAGAAAUAGUGCUUCAGGUUAAGAACUUUCCUUCAGGAUAAGAACAGAAAUUGGGCUCCGGCGGCGCAGUGGCAGCGGGAGGCCCCAUUAGCUAAAGUGGUGCUUCAGGUUAAGAACAGUUUUAGGUUAAGAACGGACCUCCAGAAUGAAUUAAGUACUUAACCCGAGGUACCACUGUAUAUAGUGAGAGGGCAGGUUUACGUCAACAGGUUUACCACGCCUAUCAGCCAAUCACCCAUUGCCAUCACCCUUCUGAAUAAUACCCCUCCCCACCCUCUCACUAUCUAUAAGGCUCUAAGGCGCUACUGGAAGGAAUUUUUGUACUAUUGUGGGUUACUGAUGCAGAUAAAUGUUUUGCUAGGUUAUCGUGUCCCAGUCUUGCAACUUCCGGUUAUGUCUUCUCCCCCAUCAACCUUUGUUAUCAUAUUUAUUUAAAACUCACAUUAUACGUGAUCCAUACUUUGGUAAAACCCAGAAAAGUUUCUCUUCCCAAUUUUCACUAUUCCCUUUUUGGGUAUGGGACAGUACCUUGGAUUUUGAUUCCUAAUCAUUCAAUUGGAAGAGCAUGAGAAUUAAUAUCAGGGUCAUGGUUUUGAGCCCCACAUUGCGCGAAAGAUUCCUGCAUUGCAGGGGUUGGACUAGAUGAUCCUCAUGGUCCCUUCCAACUCUGUUUCUAUGAUUUAUGAUCUAAUUGAAGAGCUGACUUACAAAUGUAUUAGAACCAUCAACCUUCACUUUGCUCGAUGGACAUCGACGCAGCGGGUUUUGUAUUUGUUGCAUUAAUGCAUUGAAAGACAAACCUUAUUACCUUCAGAUCAUGACGCUUAAUAAUUCAGUUACUAAUGCAUGUCUGAAGGGACGCGGGUGGUGCUGUGGGUAAAACCUCAGCGCCUAGGACUUGCCGAUCGCAUGGUCGGUGGUUCGAAUCCCCGCGGCGGGGUGCGCUCCCGUCGUUCAGUCCCAGCGCCUGCCAACCUAGCAGUUCGAAAGCACCCCCGGGUGCAAGUAGAUAAAUAGGGACCGCUUACCAGCGGGAAGGUAAACAGCGUUCCGUGUGCUGCGCUGGCUCGCCAGAUGCAGCUUGUCACGCUGGCCACGUGACCCGGAAGUGUCUGCGGACAGUGCUGGCUCCCGGCCUAUAGAGUGAGAUGAGCGCACAACCCUAGAGUCUGGCAAGACUGGCCCGUACGGGCAGGGGUACCUUUACCUUUACCUUUACCUUUAAUGCAUGUCUACUUUUGCAGAACAGAAAAGCAGAAAGUGUUCUCAGGAAGAAAUUGCAAGGAAGAAGCAAGAAGCUCUUGAGCGGAGAAAAUGGAAAAUGCAGGCAUUGCUCAAAAAUACAGCACCUACCUGAGCUGGCAGAUUUGGAAAUGGAGGAGUUGGCAGAAGAUGGGCAGGAGAUUAAUCAAAGACACUAAGCAGACAUUAUUACUCUGUCUUCCUACCUAUUUUUUUCACCUUGUUCUGUCUAGAUUCUUAAACGAAAUACCAAUAACUGGCAAGCAGGGAGCUGCUCUAUUUUGUUUUGAGUUUUGAAACACCAUUGUUUACAUCUGUGAAUGGUUUUGCUGGUACUCAGUUACUUUGCUUAACAAGAAGUUUGGCAUCAACUGUGCCAUGUCAAAGAUGUGACAGUUUUUAUCUGGGAAUAUGUGAAAAGUCCAGUGUCUCAAGGUAUUUGAAUUGAAUAGCAAUCUUGUUGCGAACCUAUGCCAUUUAUUCUAGGGCUUUUGUUGGCAUUGUUUCAAACGGAGCAGUUAGUGGCAUGUAGCCAUAGAAUAAAUAAAAAAACUGCCAUGUUUAGCCUAGACAUCUAUUCACAGCUCAAGACCAUUUUUAUUUUUGGGUUGCCACAGCAGUAUAGGGGGAAAGUGAUUUUUUUAUUUUGUGAACAGACAGUACAACGAAGGAAAGUUAAAGUUUUCUAAGAUUUAUUUAUCUUUGUAAAUUACGUAUACUUUGUAAAAUGUGAUUAAAAACGGCAACUGCUUCUAUCAC